AUGGGAGAAGACGAAACUCACUCGAAUCUACUGGAAGAAGUGUCUCGGAAGAAAUCUCUGUACCUCCAUUCUCUCUGCUGGAAGAAGUGUUCGACCGGUCCCAGUUUGCAGGUUGGAGUGAGGGAGAGCUAUGUCUCAUAUGAGUUUGGUGAAGGGUGGUGGCUCGAGCCACUCAAGCCACGGCUGAAGAUCACGGUGGUGCCACGGUUUGACAACACUGAGCUCAUCAAGGGAUAUUCCAAAACCUUGAUUGGGCGGUGCAUGAACCCACAUAAACAAGAGAUUAAGAAUUUGCUUUACAUGCUGCCUCGGGUAUGGCAUGUUGAGGGAAAGGUGGCUAGAGUCGAUUUGGGACUCGGAAGGUUUCAAAUCGAUUUCGAUGAAGAGAAGGACAUCUUGGAGGUGUUGAUGGGACCAUUCCAUUUCGACUAUUGGAGGCUCUCGGUGGUCCGCUGGGAGCCGGUGAUGGAUCCUAAUUACCCAUCAGACAUCACCUUUUGGGUCAGAGUCUUGGGCGUACCAUUUUAG